AUGCACAAUCAAAUUGUUUGCCGAUCACCUGGAGUUAAAAAUACAUACCCAAAGGAAAAUCAGAUUGAUAACUCCAUUUUAUCGUUGAAAGAAACUUGCUUACUUGAAACAGAUGAAAACAAUACCGUUAAUACUAGCAUUCAUUCAUUCAUGAAGAAAAUGGAGGAUGACUUUGAAUGUUUGGCAAACGAGUUUAAAGAUCUAGAGAAAAGAAUAGAAAAAUUUGAACAAUUAAAUUGGAAAGAAUUAUUUCAUAAUUUUCGUAUAAAAAUUCAAGAAAAAACAGUGAAAAUGUGUAUAUCAUACAUAAUUCAAAAAUUGGAUCAAAAUAAUAUUAAAGAAUAACCGAUGGUAUAAUGAUUAAAUUGAACACAUAAGAAUGAUGUUAAUAUACUUUAAAGCCAAUAGUUAACAUGAUUGUAAGAGUUAUGUAAAUCUAGUGUAAAUACAUUGUUAUGUAUUGUACUGAA